AACUGUAAUAUCAGCAGGAUUUUAACAGCAGUUAGCCUGUAACAUUAAAUGGCCCACCAAUCUAGUUCAUCUUCAUUAGCAGCAUGUUGUAGCUCACAGUGGUCGAUUUAUUUAUUUGUUUAGCAGAGGUCCUAUUGGUUUGAACAGUAUCUGGGUGCCUCAGCAGAAGCAGAUCAGUUUGCAGUUCUUGGUCUCCACAGACAACCUCCUCUGGCUCCGACACAACAGAACGCUGGUCUGCUACCUUUUUUUUUUUUUUUUUUUCACGCAUCCUCAAUUCUUUAAACCCUCAUGGAGGACCUCUCUUCUAAGGACUACAACGACCUAGAGUUUGCAGCCUCCUGUUCGGGGACUUUAGUCUCCGCGGAAGUACUAAAUGCCUUUCAUUGAGAAAAGCCUCCGGACGUUCAGUAGGCAAUUGUGAAUGGGCACGAACGACCAAUGGUUUGAUUAAGAUGGGAAACAAACAGACUAUAUUUACCGACGAGCAACUUGAUGCCUACCAGGACUGUACAUUUUUCACCCGCAAAGAAAUUCUGCGGUUACAUGGUCGAUACCACGAGUUGGCUCCUCAUCUUGUACCAAUGGACUACACCAAUGAUCCUGACUGUAAGGUGCCUUUAGCCUUAAUCGUCAACAUGCCAGAAUUAAAGGAAAACCCAUUCCGCAACAGGAUCGUAGAGUCUUUCUCAGAGGAUGGGAUGGGGAAUCUCAGCUUUAAUGAAUUUGUUGACAUGUUCUCAGUCCUCAGUGAAACUGCUCCAAGGGAACUCAAGGCCAUUUAUGCCUUCAAAAUAUAUGAUUACAAUGUGGAUAACUACCUGUGUAAAGAGGACCUGGAAAAGACUCUGAAUAAGCUGACAAAAGAGGAGUUGACUCCUGAGGAGGUGGUGCUGGUGUGCGAGAAAGCUAUCGAGGAGGCAGAUUUGGACGGAGACAACAAACUCUCCUAUGCUGACUUUGAAAACAUGAUAACAAGGGCUCCUGACUUUCUAAGCACCUUCCAUAUACGGAUCUGAUGAAGAGAUUCCAUGGUUGACAGUUUGGUGAACCUCAGGACUCUACGUGCAUCCUGUCCUCACCACAGCACAGUUCCUGCCUCCCUCUCAUCGACAGGACAUAUAUGAGUUAGACAUCAAAAUACUGGAUACCGCUGACUGCACGGGGUGCUCACUUUCCUUUCUGUCUGUGAAAGUGUUUUAUCCUUUUACCAGCUAUGAAAGGGCUUGACCUGAAAUGGUCUCUUGUUGGGACAAAAUGCUAUUCCUUCCACAAUUGAGGGAUGAAAAUGUGGGGAAUUAGCCAGACUCUGCCACUUAUGGAGCAGAUUAGAAAAUGCAUCAAAUGCUUAUCUACCUACAGUUACAGUAUAUUGCACAUGGGAAACCCCCCCAGUCAAGUCUUCCUACAAUGACCCACAAGAUACUAGGUAUUUGCUAAGGACAAGCUGGAAGUGAAUGAAAGCACGGUGUUGGCUUUAAGGGCUUACAGGUAUUUAAUAUGAGCUAAUUGUACAUGCCGCGUAUUGCUUACAGUUGUUGUGUAUUUUGACUACAGAACUGGAGAAUUAUGACAAUCACAUGUUUCUGUUGUCCAGUUAAAUAAGGGCUCGGUCAACUAAAGCUUUUAUCUUCUGUCUCAGCCAGUAUCAUGAGAUUUUGAAUACAGCCAUGUUUUUUGGGAUUAACAUGUCACAAUAUUUUAUGUGACUUCAGGUAUUCAUCGUCCUUUGAAUAAAUUUUUUUUUUCUCUGUG